UCCAGUGGACUUCAAUGGCCGCCGCGCCCGAAAUUUUGAGGCGGGUUUGGAAGGAGGUACGAACUGCCAUCAGCGAGCCUGAUCUUGGCAUCUAUGUGCCAGCUGUAUGCUUAAAUGAGGAUGCCAUUUGGCCCGUGAGGGUCCAUGCAGUGAUUGUUAGUCCUCAAAGCCACUCUGUGCCGAUGCUCAUCAGCGUGACGUAUCGUGAUACAUAUCCCUACCGUCCGAUGGAUUUGAAAUUCAUCUCGCGCGUGCCUCAUCCAUUGAUCCGCGACGACGGCUCCAUUGAUCUCGAUAUUUUGAAACACGACGAGAAGUCGGAAUGGUCUCCGGCGUUGACCCUACGUUCGGUUCUGACGUCUUUGGUCUCGGUGCUGAACGAUCCGACCCACCCCGACCACCUAAGAGAAGGCUGCGUGGCGAACGCAGAUUGGGAGUUGGGAAGCAUCAAAACAGAACCCCGGAACAUCCCGGAGCUUUUCGCGACAUUGAUGUUGGCGGCGAUGCCCAUCGAUGACUGGCAAAGUUGGCGUUUUCUGCGUGGCCUCCGAAGCCUUUUGUGCACCUACCCCAUGGCAUACACUUCCAAACGCACGCAAUGGUAUCACUUUCUCGGCUCCAUCGCACAGUUGUGCACCUCCCUCCGCGGUUGGCGUCCCGCCACCGGCUCGGUGCCGCCCUCGGCGGCCAGCAGCGCGAAGGAGCGCUGGAUUCAGGAGGCGCAGGCACUCUUAAAGCGUCACUAUCGUUUGGAUCCUCUUCGCAUUCUGCACCGCUGUCGCUUGCGCGAGGAUGGUAGUGGCCUUGGAGACUUGAGGAAGAUCAACCGUGUUUGGACAGUGAUCCAGGCAUUUAUCACAGAUAUGCCUGUGAGUGAACUGAUGCAAGAAGCGAGUCUUGAGAAAACGAACUGAUCAUAAAACAGUGGCAGUCGGCACCGCGAAGCCCAAAGUACUGAGCGGAAUCAUCGAAGCGACACGGCUGUUUUGUAUCAUUGACUUGUGGUAAAAAAACAGUUGAAUUGAGAAGUCAGCU